AUGUGCCCAGCGGCUCCGCAUCGCGGCCUCGUGUCCCUCAUGAGGAAGGUACGUGCCUAUAUCAUGGGCACAUCAAUCCAGUUACACAACAUUUGAGGCUCUCUGCUGUGCUGUGCUGUGCUGUGCUCUCUGGUCAAUCCGCCUUUAUGCAGAAGCAGCCGACCGCCGCCCGCAGCGGCACCCAGGAGAGAAGGCCAAGGCCCGCGCAGCUCGAGGCCGAGGACAGGGCGGCUGGGGGUUCGCCCAAUCGUUGCCUACAUUUUAUAUAUUGUUGGCAUCGUAUUUCUCACCUUCAUGCACCGACACCCUCAUCGACGGACGCCACGUGAGUGCAGACACAGCUGACUAGUAUGGUGUGGGCCAAUGCAUCUUUUUGGCCGCCCAGACAGCGCACACACAAGGUGAGCCCGUGAGUCAGUGACGCACACAGACACACAGGCGAAGGCAAUGUAGACAGGCGCCAGCUGAAGUCACGUGUCUCUCUCUCUGUGUCUGUGUGUGUCCAGGUGCAUUGUGGGUGCGGUGGGUUGCUGCUCAUGAUCCCGAGCAGCAAUCCCUCUUGAACGACGAUUCAACGGUGCCCCCUGCCGUACUCGCCGCCCAAGGCGCCAUGGUUCUUGCCGAAACACGACCGGGUGUGACUGCAUUACAUGGAGGUGCGGAGCGGGCCGAGCAGGGGCCAGGUGACGCGCAGCUGACGGAGAGCGAAGGCAUCCCGAUCACCAAGUAGAUUCAUGUGUAUCCCGUCAAGGCACCUCCAUUCCUGUCCACACAUGUGUGCAUUCUGAUGCGUGCAGCGGCACUGUCACCCGGUUUGCUGACCUGCAGUGGCUGGAUGAUGAGAGUAUCAACGCCCUGCUGAAGCUCGCUGAGCAGUGGGCCAUGCAGCAGAGGCGGUAA